AAUUUGGGUCGAUAUAGUUGCCGAACAUUGGAAAAUAUUGUUGUUGUUUUUCUGUUUGAAUAAAAUGUUGAUAUUUUUAACGAUUUUUAUGAAUUAAAAAAAAAAAUAAUCUAAAAAUGUCUUCAAGAAGGAAUAAACGUUAUUUUUCCGAUUUAAAUGAAGAAAAAUAUGCUCCUGGAAAAUUAAGUUCAAAUCUUCGUCAAGCAUUAGGCCUUGAAAAUGAUAUGUUGCCAUUUUGGAUUUAUCGUAUGAGAAUAUUAGGCUAUCCACCUGUUUGGUUGCAAACUGCUCAAUCAAAAACCUUGGCUGUGAUUGAUAAUACAACCACAAAAUCAGAUAAACCAUCAAGUUCAUUGGCUAACGGUGAAGAUGGUGAACUUGAUGAUCAUCUGAAAUAUAAUAAAGACAUAUUGAUUGAAUAUCCAGGUUUCAAUGCACCUGUACCGAAAAAUGUUCACGAUGAUUGGGUUAUUCUUGGAAUGCCUCCAUUUCAACCAAAGCAACAUCUUAAUGUUGCUGCUGAACAAAUGCAAUUUAUUGAACCUGUACCAUAUAAACGAACAAAACUGAAUAAUGAUAAUGAUUCAAAUUCAACUGCUACUACUACUACUGAUGAUGAUUCGAAUACUAAUCCUGGCGAUGAUCAACAUUCCAAAGAUGCUACAAACAACCACCAAGAUAAUAAAAACAAUAUGGAAAAAAUUCAGCCAGAAAAUGAAGAAAUACUGAUAAAAUCUGAAAAUGAUAAUGAAGAAAAAGAUGAACAAAUCAAUUGUAUUAAUCAAUCUGAAGAUUUGAUGGGAAAGGAUACCAAUAACAGUAGCAGUAGCAGCAGUAAUAAUACAUCAACAACACCAAUAACAGCUGCUAAUGAAAAGAAAAUGAAAAUAGUUUCAUAUGGAACACCUGUACCGCAAACAGUACGGCCAAAAUUACCCGCAUUAGAAAAAUGGUCAAUCGGAAUGGGUGAAUUAUUGCAUUUUGAAAAUUUACCCAAUUCAACUGGUGCAUAUCAGGGUAAAAUAAAAAAUAUUAUCGAUAAAGUAAGGAAACGUUUUAAAAAAUGAUUAAUGUAAUAAUGUAAUAUAGGAUUUUAUGAUUUGAUUAUUUCAUUAUUUCGAAAAAUUUCCAUAACAUAUACAUUUUAUAAGACAAAAACAAAAGAAAA